AUGUCGGCCGCGGACGAGGAGGAGCCGCAGGUGGUUCAGAUCGCAGAUGUCUUCGGGUCGGAUUCCGAGGAGGAGGACGCGGGCGGGGCGGAGUCUGCGGGGGCUGCCGCUGAGGGCGGGGGCGGGGGGGAGGGGGAUGGCGAGGCGGGUGAGAAGGGCGAGGACGGGAAAAUGGACGUGGACGGCGAGGAGGCGGGCGAGGGGGCCGCGGAGGGUGGGGAGGAGCGUCCUGGGCCGCCGCUGGGGCCCCCGCUGAGGAUCCGCGCGCCGCUGUUGGACGUGCCGCGGGCAGGGCAGUACGCGUUCAUGGUUCCUGGGAACCUGACGGGCGUGCAGAGCGUCCCGUUCAGCGUGGACAGCUACGAACCCGAACACUUUGAGUACAUCGACGAUACCGGGCGGAGGCGCGAACGCAAGGCGCCGAUGGCGAUGAUCCGCUGGCGCUGGGGCCGCGACGGCGCCGGGAACCCCGUGCCGGAGGGGAACGCCCGCGUGGUGCGGUGGUCGGACGGCAGCCGGACGCUCAUCAUUGGCGAGGAGGUUUUCGCGAUGCAGGAGCACGACGUGAUCGACCCUGCGUUCCUCGUCGCGCGGCUCGGCGGCGGGGUCCUGCAGCCGCAAGCCAUGCUCGACAAGCGCGCUAAUCUGCGGCUGUUGAAGGCCAAGCACUUGAUGCGCAAGCCCGUGACCGUCACGGAGCAGGAGCGCGCACGCGUGCGCACGGGGGACGUCGAUGCGAAUAGGCAGGCGAUGGAGGAGCUCGCGAUGGCGGAGGAGGCCGCGCGCGCCCGGGAGAAGCUCGCAAAACAACAACAGAAACUCGCCCGCAAGUACCAGGCGCGGAAGCCGGCGCGCCCCGCGGCGCUCACCGCGAACUUCCUCGAGGGCGACGACGACCCGCUCGAAGAGGAAGAGGAAGUCGAGCCCGGGCUGGAGCGGCCCCAGAUGGACGAGAUCGCGGACGCGGCGCGCGCGCACAAGGCGGCGGCAGCGAAGCGCGAGGCGGCGCAGGCGGCGCGCGCACGGAAGGAGAAGUCGAAGAGGCGGAAGAAGGAGGAGGAGCGCGGCGCGGACGAUGCGUCGGAGGACCUGGACAACACGGACGGGGAGGAGGAGGAGGGCGACGACGACGGGCGCGACCUGGAGGGCUUCAUCAACGACGACGACGACGAGGUGGAGGAGGAGGAGGGCGGGGAGGAGGAGGAGGCGGAGGAGGAGGCGGAGGCGGCGGGGGAGAAGGGUGGGGAGGCGGCGGCGGCGGGUGGGGGGAGUGAAGGUGGGGGGAGUGAGGCGGUGGAGGACGAGGGCGCGGUGCGGAAGAAGCGGCGGGUGGUGCUGGACGACGACGACGAGUGA